UACUCGUACUCGGUUUAUUUCCUAACAAUAGACAGUUGGAGUUGUUUCAAGAAUACAAGAGAAGACUGUCGGCUUUGGUUGCAUUGAAGCAAGCUCAUCGACUGGUAAGCCAAGCACUCGUCCUUAUCACUGUCGGGGGUAACGAUUUCGUCAACAACUAUUACUUGGUCCCCUUCUCUGCAAGAUCCAGACAAUACAGUUUGCCUAAUUAUGUCCGGUUUCUUAUUUCCGAGUAUCAAAAACUCCUGAUGAAACUAUACAAACUAGGAGCACAAAGGGUUCUAGUGAAGGGCACUGGACCUUUGGGUUGUGUUCCGGUGGAACUUGUGACGAGAGGCAACAACGGCGGGUGCUCGCAGGAACUGCAACGCGCUGCUUCCUUGUGCAAUCCACAACUUGCUCAAAUGAUAAAUGAACUCAAUGCUGUAAUUGGAAAAGAUGUCUUCAUUAGUGCAAAUACUCAAAGAAUGCACAACUAUCUCGUUUCCGACCCCCAAGCCUUUGGAUUUACGACAUCGGAAACAGCCUGUUGUGGGCAAGGACCCUACAAUGGACUAGGUUUGUGCACUCGAUUAUCAAAUUUAUGUCCCAACAUAGAUGCCUAUGCGUUUUGGGAUCCAUUUCAUCCAUCGGAGAAGGCUAAUAGAUUGAUCGUGGAGCAGAUCAUGACUGGCUCUAAUCAAUACAUGCACCCCAUGAAUCUGAGCACUAUCAUGGCCUUUGAUUCCAUCAUCUGAUCACAUCAGCUCUUUUUUUUAUGAAAAAAUGUUAGGAGUGUUGUUCAAGAAUUUGUUUCUUCAACUGUCGUAAAAUUAAUGUUGUGUUUCAACUUCUUUUUGCCUUUUGUCUUGAAUAUUGUGAUGGAUUGUAAUGUUGGAAUUGGACAUGCCUUUGGAAUGAAUUGAUGAUUAGUAGUCAUUAGAUUUGAAAAUAAUUCAUGUAUU